AUGGCGGGCGCCCCCUGGGACGCCUCUCUGCAGCACCUCGUGGAAAGCGACGUCCUGGACGGCUACGCUCUUCUCACGAUCGUCGGCCAGUGCGAGAAGGCUGUGGGGUGCCUGGACGACGAGUUCACUUCCCAGGAGCCUCUGCCGCUCUCCUCCGGCCAAUUCUUUGAGCCCUUUGCCGGCCUCGAUCGGGGCCCUUCGUCUUUCCAGCUUUGCGGUCGAAAGUUAAUGGUUUUCAGCAAGUCGGAGACCAGCCUGUAUGCAGUUUCAAACCGCUCGGACGUCUACCUCUGUGUCUGCAGUCUUCCUCAGGGCGUGCUGCUGGCCGUUUUUCGACGUCCGCACUUCCCCCAAACGGUCAUUCCCAUGAUAGAAAAAAUAUGCGACAAAUUGCGGAGAUGA